CGACACCAGAAGAAGAAGAAGACGAGCGUUUGGUUCAGUUGACUGAAAAUGGAGCUCCAGACGUGGACGUGUGUCCUCCUGCUGCUACUUGCCGCCGCUGUACCUCCGGCAGAGGCGACAGCGCUAGCCGACCCUCAGCUGUGCUACAUCCUGGACGGUUUCCUGGGUCUGUACGGACUCAUCAUCACUGGCAUGUUCAUCAAGGAGAAGUUCUUCAGGAGCAAAGCGAAGCCGACCGAGGAGAGCAUCUACAGCGAUCUGCAGAAUCAGGACACUGAAGGUUACCACCCGCUGAUGAGAGAUCCAGAGAGAGCCAGAAACCGCAGGCCAACGGAGGAGGACCCGUACUCUCGUCUCAACAAAACCUUCGACGGAGAAUACAAAGAACUUCCUGCCAACAAACGAGAGCGUCAGAGGAAGAAUGAGCAGGUGUACCAGGGUCUGAGCUCCGUCACCAGAGACACCUAUGACUCUCUGCAGAUGCAGCAGCUUCCUCCUCGCUAACGCAUCACUUCCUGUCAGCCUCACCAUUGUCUCACCGUCACCAUGACGAUAAACAGUUUGUACUUACCCAG